AUGACUAAUUCAAAACAUCAUCAUAGAUCACAUAAUUAUAAACCUGGAUCAAUAAUACCAUCACAAUCAUCAUCAAAUAAUAAUUUCCCUAAUAAAUCCGAUCCAAAAACUACAUCACCAAGACCAGAACCAACGAUUAUAAAAAGAAGAAAUAGUUCUUUUGCUAAUUCGUCAUCACCAUGGUUUAGAAGAAACUCUUUCCUUUCUCCAUCAAUGAUUCAAAAUGAAAAUUUUAGCGUUUAUGAAUCAAAUAAUAACUACUACAGUAUAAAUAAUAAUCCUAAUGGAUUUAAUAGUAAUUAUUCCAUAAUAUCAUUAAGAGAAUGUCAAGGUUUUUUAUUUAAUCAAGACUUAUUUGCAUCACCCUAUCAACAAGUUAAAGCAAAAUCAAAUGAAAGAAGAUUAUCUUCCGCGACAAAUUCAGCCACCACAACUGCAAAAACAAAAAUAAGAAGACAUACAAGUUAUCAUUCACCCAGACCUAAUUUCACAAACACUAAUAAUGACCAACUAAAAACCAACGACCAUGCAAUAGAUGAUGAGUAUGAUGAAGAUGAAGAUAUGCUUAAUGAUGAAGAAUUAGAAGAAUUAGAAGAAGAAGAAGAUAUGGAAGAUAUGGAAGGAGAAGAAGAAGAAGAGGAUUAUAGUGAAAUGCAUGGGUAUGGUGGUGAUUAUAAUAAUAGGAGAUAUAAAGUCAAAGUAACGGAUAUAUUAAUUGAUGAAAGUGAAAUAGAUAUUUAUCCAACGUCGUAA